ACGUCACUUCCUGUUUGUAGGCGAAGACGAGCUGACGACACAACAAGAUGGCGGCCGGCACUUUUCUGAGCUAAUGUUUAGUUUAACUACAUGUUUAACUGACAUUUUUCCUCUUUUCCUUCCUUCAUCUUGCCUUUCGUUGUCAACUGUCACAUCACGUGUAUGCAAAGAUGCCCGUCCUGUGCAGCACCUGCACUGAGAAGCGGGCCGUGUUAAAACGUCCAAAAACUGGCCACUCGAUAUGUAAAGAGUGCUUCUUCUGGGCUUUUGAAGAAGAGGUCCAUCAGACCAUCGUGGCAGCAAACCUAUUCAAACCUGGCCAGACCGUGGGCAUCGCGGCUUCGGGUGGGAAAGACUCCACAGUCCUGGCCCAUGUGAUGAAGCUGCUGAAUGAGCGCUACAGUUACGGUCUGGAGCUCAUGCUUCUCUCCGUGGACGAGGGCAUCACUGGUUACAGAGACGACUCUUUGGAGACGGUGAAGAGGAACCAGCAACAGUACGAGCUGCCCCUGAAGAUUGUGUCUUAUGAGGAGCUGUACGGGUGGACUAUGGAUGCCAUCGUCAAGCAGGUGGGAAUGAAAAAUAACUGCACCUUCUGCGGCGUCUUCAGGCGGCAGGCGCUAGAUAGAGGAGCUAUCAUGCUGAAAGUGGACAAGAUCUGCACAGGUCAUAACGCUGACGAUAUAGCAGAGACCGUCUUGAUGAACGUCCUGCGAGGUGACAUAGCCCGUCUGCGGCGUUGCACCGCCAUCUCCACAUCAAGUGAGGGCGACGGGGUGGUACCACGCUGCAAACCUCUCAAAUACGCAUAUGAGAAAGAGAUCGUGAUGUACGCCUAUUUCAAGAAGUUGGACUACUUCUCCACAGAAUGCAUCUACUCCCCCAACGCUUAUCGUGGCUACGCCAGAACUUUUCUAAAAGACCUGGAGAGCAUAAGACCCAGCACCAUCAUUGAUAUCAUCCAUUCAGGUGAGAACCUGUCCAUACGGGAGGGGGUGAAGAUGCCUGUGCAGGGCAGCUGCAGCAAGUGUGGCUACAUCUCCAGUCAAACACUGUGCAAGUCAUGCGUGCUGCUGGAGGGCCUGAACCGAGGCUUGCCCAAACUAGGCAUCGGGAAACACCAUCGUUUGCAUGACAAGAUUAUCUCCAAUCAUCCCCUCACAGAGAAGGAGGAAAGGAAGUUAAAAGUGGUUGACAUUUGAGAAAGGAGCCUUGCUAAUUACUCGAUGAUGUUAAUGUUUAUGGCUGUGUUUGAAUUAGUGCACUCAAUAACUAUUCUAUCUCCAGCAUUGGUUCUUAACCUUGUUGGAGGUACCCAACCCCCCCAGUUUCAUAUACGCAUUCACCGAACCCUUCUUUAGUGAAAAAUAAAAUGAUGUUGUUUUUUUUUCAAAUUCAAGACAAAGUUGUAUGUUUUUGAUAACACUUUAGUAUGGGGAAAAUAUUCUAAGUAACAAAGACUUAAUUUAGAGUUUUUCAGACACUAGGGGAACAUAUUCUAAGUAACAAAGACUUAAUUUAGAGUUUUUCAGACACUAGGGGAACAUAUUCUAAGUAACAAAGACUUCAUGUAGAGUUACUUGGUUAGGGUUAGAGGGUUAAGGUUACAUUAAGGCCAUGCCGAAUAAGGCAUUAAUAAAUACUUAAGAAUGACUAGUUAAGAGCCAUUAUGAUAAAAAUGUGCAUGUUAAUAAGCAACUAAGUUAAUGGUGAAUAUGUUCCCCAUACUAAAGUGUUUCCAUGUUUUUUUACUGGUGCACAAAAUAAACCGUGCAUGAACAUCACCUUGUUCAAAGAACAAAACCAACACAGUGCAUAAACUCACAACAAAUGACACAAA